GUGAGUUCCUCUGGGGUUUGGUUCCAUCGGCCCCCAAUCCGGGCCAUCCUGUUACCGUAGUGGCUGCCCCUCCGUAGGAUCGGGGCUGAGGAUCACUCUACCCCUCCCCACACUUCCAUUUCUGAGCAGCGAUAGGAACUGGGGGCCUAUUUCAGGGGGUAGGGGGCCGCCGGUAGGCGAAAAUUGGCGUCCGGAUGGCCCAGGGAGGCAGAGGGAAGGUUGAAGCCUUGCGUGGUGGAGACCAGCCAGAUGUUGAUGCCCAAGAAAAACCGGAUUGCCAUCUAUGAACUCCUUUUUAAGGAGGGCGUGAUGGUAGCCAAGAAGGAUGUCCAUAUGCCUAAGCACCCAGAGCUGGCCGACAAGAAUGUGCCCAACCUUCAUGUCAUGAAAGCCAUGCAGUCUCUCAAGUCUCGUGGCUACGUGAAGGAACAGUUUGCCUGGAGACAUUUCUACUGGUACCUUACCAACGAGGGUAUCCAGUAUCUACGUGAUUACCUCCACCUGCCCCCUGAGAUUGUGCCAGCCACCCUGCGCCGCAGCCGUCCAGAGACUGGCAGACCUCGGCCCAAAGGUCUGGAGGGUGAACGACCUGCAAGACUCACAAGAGGGGAAGCUGACAGAGACACCUACAGACGGAGUGCUGUGCCCCCUGGUGCUGACAAGAAAGCCGAGGCUGGGGCUGGGUCAGCAACUGAAUUCCAGUUUAGAGGCGGAUUUGGUCGUGGACGUGGUCAGCCACCUCAGUAAAAUUGGAGAGGAUUAUUUUGUGUGGAAUAAACUUGUAGCCAGAAAAAUUUA